GCAAGUUUCAAGGCGAUAUAUCGUGUAGAGUAUUUGCUGGGAUCCAUCUUUCUCUUCCCCUUUGGUUUUGUCCUCUUGGCCUCAUCUCCCUCUUCAUUCUCAGGCUGAAUCUCAGGUUUUGGUUCUGGCCCUGGAGCAGGUCGAUUCCUGAGUUCAGCCUCAAGUUCCUUGACUUUCUGAAUGAGACCGUUUUUGGUCCAUGACUGAUAAUUCGACUCUGCAGACAUGGUGAGGUACUUGGCACCUUUUGACUGCACAGGAAGUUUUGAAGAAUCACCACUUGAUGAUUUUUUUAGUUGAGGUUGGGGUUGCGAGAAAUUUCGACCUUUGACUCGGCUGACUAGGCCUUCGAGCGAAGUUUGCCGCCCAAGACAACGGCCAAAGGGUCUCAUGAAGUUGGUGGGUUCCAAUUUUGGGCGAUUAUAUGCAGACCCAUCAGAGUUUACAAGUGGAAAAGGGCUUUGCUGCAGUUCGAGAUGUGGCUUGCCUUGUAAAUGUGGCUGUGCUAAGCACGACGCCACAGUUGGGGGUAUACUGAUAAGUUACGUACAGCUCUCAUCUCAUCUCUAUCUCUGGCAUUCAAUUAAUAGACGCCAUAUCUGCUCCUCUCGAGCUGGUCCAUUUUCCAUACAUCAAACUUGAAUAUAAGCAUAUUAACGACUUUGGCACUCUCACAUGCAAAAUGGACCCCGAGGUGAUCAAGAUUCUCCUUGUAGGCGAUGAAAAGUGCGGCAAGACGACCUUUCUCUCGUAUGUAGUCUAAAUUCCUCCAUCGAUUCCUCGACGUAUCAUACUAAAUCCAUAUCCUCAGCCGACUCAGUGCAGGUGAAAAAGCCAACCCGAUUCCCAUGCUCCGUGAUAUGGAUCAACCUUUCAUCUUCGGUAUUCAGACAGGAGCCAAAAAGUUUCAGUUCGAGUUCUUCGACACAUCAUGCCCUGAUAACUGGAGGACCCUUGACCCUGAUGCCAUUGUCAUUUGUUACGACAUCAGCCAACGAUUGAGUUUGAUCAAUAUGCAGAGAUAUUGGAAAGACGAAAUCAAGAGAUCGUUUCAACGCAUCGAUACCCUUCCCCUUAUCAUCCUUGGGCUGAAGCGUGAUCUGAGAUCGGAGCAAGAUCCAAACGGAAUUAUAUAUCCGCAAGAAGGAUACCAGGUUGCGCAAACUCUGCGAGCUGAUCGAUAUGUUGAGUGUUCGGCAGUUACGGGUGAAUUGUUGAAACUGGCGUUUGAAGAUUUGUGCAAGACGGCGAUGACUCUGACAACGGGCGCAGACAGCCAGAGCGCAAGCACAUGCGCAGUAUUAUGAGAUUUGGAGGGGCGGCGAGACUUUGAUCGAGUAGUGGGAACAUGAUUUAGUAAUUAGUUAUUGUAUUGGUGGGCUGAGAGCUCAGGCAGCGGCGUCGUUCAUAGAAACAUCAGCGCCCUCUUCCUCAGCACCCUCCUCCGCAGCAGGGAAUUGGCCAAGGACUUCAGCGAUGAUAUUGACCAUGGCUUCCUGCUGCUCCUCGUUGAAUCGCUCAGACAUCUCCUCAACAACAGUAUUGAGAGCAGCGACCGAGGCGGGGCGCAGGUUGAUGAUCAUGACGACUUCACCCUUUGCGAGGUUGUAAGGCCGUAAGCGUUCUAGAAGCGUGGAAAUGCAUCCCUCAGUAUAGGGAAGGGGUUCUUGGCUUAGAGGACCAGGGUUUGUGCGAAGAUAUUGGAGGAGCUAUAAAGAGUGUCAGUUGUGCUUCUGGGCAUUAAUUUGAUAUGAAUGAAAAAUCUUACCUCGCGAACUACCGUCUCGAGAUUUGGGGGACCACGACG